AUGUUGGUCGGCGUGUCCACCCUGGCCGGCAUCACUGCCUGGGGCGCAUCUGCCACCUCCCGGCUGCAGGAGAACCAGCACAAGCCCAGGAGCAUGGCGGCCGCCACCAGGGGCAGCAGCCGCCGCCCCUCAGGAGGGAGGGGGCGGGGGCUGGGGCUGGGAGGCCUCAGGCGGGUCGUGGUGGAAGCGGCGCGAGGUGGCCACUGCGGCCAAAAGCGCCUCCGGGCCGCCCGCCCGCCCGCCCGCCCGCGCCACCGUGGUGCCCACACUCGGCCUUGGCAAGGCAAGUCCAGCCGCCCGCCGGCCCUGUCAGUCCGCCUGCCCUGGCGGGCCGUCUUGCUCUCAGCAGCCUCAAAACACUGCGCGCGCCACCGGCUUCUCGCACACACGCCAAAAGCCGCGCGCCAGCUGCCUGGCUCCCUGCUCCCAGCUCUCUCUGCCCCGAACGCCCCAGCCGGGAGGGCGGCGGAGCUCAGCAAAAGCCGCCGCCGCAUCCCUGCCCCGACGCCCCGUCAGCGGGAGGCUCUGCGCCGCCGCCGGCGCCACCAGCAGCCCACCAGCAACCCCAUCCGCGCCAGCUCUACGCAGCGGCCGGGGUCCACCGGCCCCACCGCCCCGGGGCGGCGCUCCCGCGGCCUUGCGGCCCCCCGGCCGUUCGCUCCCCGCCGCGGCCCGCGAACGCCUCCGCCCUCACCCCCGGGGGGCAACGCGGGGCACGCGGCUUCCAGCAGCCAGCUGGCCAAAGCCCUUCUCCACCGUGCGCUGGGCGAGGCCACUUCCCACGACGACAGGGGGACACGGGAGCCAGCCGCCUGCAGGCGUCACGGCGCUCUGCCGCGCCGCGCCGGUCGCGAGCCUAGGAGCCCACUGAGGCAGCCCCUGUGGGCGGGCGGGCCGCAAGAUCCGGCUAUGAGGCGGUCGGCGGUGGCCAGGCGCCUGGUCCAAAGGCGGACGGAGGAGACGAAGGGCCCUUGGGGGCCAGGCGGCAGGACAGAGAGCCACCGCGGCCACCAAAAAGGCUGUGUUGCCUCCCCGUCGGGGAAUCGAACCCCGGUCUCCCGCGUGACAGGCGGGGAUACUCACCACUAUACUAACGAGGACGGCGGCGACCGCCCUGCCGCCCGGCCCCUCUCGGGCUCUCGGGCUGCCUGCCCACGCCUCCCCCGUGCCCAGCACGGGCCCCGACCCGACCGCCCACCAAACCAACCGCCUCGGUCACAGAGGCGGCCCGCGACCCCGACACGGACCCGGACCCCCCGGGGCACCGGACACUCCUCGUGCGCGCCGCCUCUUGCCUCCAACGCGGCCAUUCCGCCGGGAGAAGGGGGUCCGAGAAGGCAAGCGAGGCUGCGAGGACACGGUGGGCGCGCGCCGGCCCGCGUCUGGCGAGGAGGGGCGCGGGUGAGGAGGGGACGGCCCGCCAAGGGCCGGGCUGGGUCCGGGGCGCGACCGGCGGCGCAGCCAGGCGCCUCGGCCGGCCCCGUCGCUCACCCACGCCAGACGGCCGCCUGCCUGCCUGGCGCGGCGCACCGCGCGGCCCGCCACGGGCGCCGGGGCUCGCGCCGCGUCGGGUCUCAGCCAGGCGAGCGGCCACGCGCCCGCCCAGGCCCGCCGUCAGGAUGGCCGAGCGGUCUAAGGCGCUGCGUUCAGGUCGCAGUCUCCCCUGGAGGCGUGGGUUCGAAUCCCACUCCUGACAAGCCAGCCUUUUGGCCCGCCGGACAAACGCACCCGUCCUCCCCGCGCCACAGCCUUUCUCCACACACGCCCGCCCCCCGCCACCAGGAACCUUCAGUCCUUCUCAGCGCAGCUUUCCUCCCCAGGUGUCUGCGGCUGCAGCUGCUGCUUUUCCGGCCUCCCCGCCUGCGCCUCGCGCACCCUCGCCCACCCUCCCACUCGCAAGGCCCCACCCCGCCCCACCCCCGUCGGCGCCGACGCACGCGGCCCCGCGCCGGGUGGCGAGCCCUCCUCGCUUCGCGGGCGCCGCGACUUCUGCCUGCUGAACGGCCAAGUCGCUCUCGCAGCCUUGCUUCCACGUCCGCCCCCGGCCGCUCUCCCUCCGGCCGGCACCCUGUCGUCCGCGCCCGCGCCGCCGGCCCGCCUGCGCCACCCAGCCACACCCAGGCGGCCGAGCCCCCCCGCCUUGCCCGCCAGGGGGCUGCUGCGUGCCCUCCACGCUUCUCCGCCUUGCGGCCUCGGCCGGGCCACACCUGCCUGCCUCCCGCCCGGGACGCGCGCCACGCACCCUUGCUGCGGGCCGGCGAACACCGGCCUUCCGUGCACGAACCCGUCCCGGGAAGGGCGCUCGGCUGGGGUGGGAGCGGAAGCCCUGCGUGCCCGUCCAGCCCAGCCACAGGCGCCCAGCCCGCGCCCCGGCCCUCGGCGCCACCGCGCCCGUUCCCGGGGGGAGGGGGGGAAGCCGCCGCCCGGGCCGGAGCCAAGCGCGGCCUGGCGUGCUCCCUGCCUCAGCCGGCAGUCCCCGAGCCAGGAGCCGCUCUGCCCAAGGGCCCCUCCUCACCACCACCACCACCCACCCUGUCAGAGCGGAGCGCCCGCGAGCGCCGUCGGCCAGAGCGCAGGAGCCAGGCUCACAACGCCUUUGGGUCCUGGGGCCUGAGCGCCGCUCGGGGCGGCGGCGGGGGCGCCCCGGGGAGUCGCGCUCCCGCGCUCGCGAGCAUCCAGCACAGGCCGAGCCCGGGGUCCCGGCCCCCGCCCGCAAUGGUCGCUGAGAGGAACGUCGGCGCGCGGCCGCGGCGACCACGCAGCGCCUGCCCACGCAGACGGCGUCGGCUCCUGGCCCCCUCGGGCGACACCGACAGCGUCGCGGCGGCCGUGGUCGGCGCAGAAGGCGCGGGACCGGCCGAGUGGGCCGGCGGCCCGCCGCCCCGGGGUCCCUCCGAGAGCGCCGCGCCCUGGGGUCCUGCACGUGCCCGGACCCUGGCUUUGAGGUCGGCCGCCCGUCGUCUCCUGCUCGGAUGGAGCAGACAGAUGCCCACUGGGCGAGCGGUGAGCAGUGACGGGCGGGUGUUGGCCAGCGCCUCUGGGGCGGCGUCGGGCGGCGGCGGCCACCGGUGCAUGGGUGGUUCAGUGCUGCCCACGACCCCUCCCGCCCCCACACACGGCCCUGCUGCCAAGCCGCUGUGGCCCCAAGCCCUGCGGGCUCAGCCGCCCGUGUGCCCAGACACCUCCCUUGUGGUUGCUGGCUUCCUCACGCGGACCCAGCCGGUGGCUCACGGAUUGCGCUGGAAGGCACACCCCACCUCUGGCAGCCGCCGGCCCCACCUCUUCACCUUUCCCAACGUCUGUCUCCAAGCUCCCUGGCUCACUCUCGCCACACUCCGAGAAUCAAUCACCCUCCCAUCAGCCCUGCUCCGCCAGUAA